AGGCUCAGCCAUAAUCUUUGGUUCAGCGUUAGAAAACCGCACUAACUCCUAGCUAACUACUACUACUCUUCUUCUUUCAAGCAAACCUUCAACCACUGAGAUUAGUGAUAUGAAAACACCUAUUUCUACUGGCUUGCUAAUUAGCUACCGUAUUUAGCACAUAACGUUGUUCUAAUAUAUAUUUCGCAGGUUGUGUAGAUUUAACUGCUAGCUACGUAUGCUUACGUUAGCUAGCUACAUGCUCAAGCUAGUCCACAGUCCAUGCUGAGUUAAUUCGCUCAAAACGAAAUCAGUAUUUAGAACAAAUACAUAUUUACUAACACAAACUUUUAGACACGCUAUAAACAAUACGCACGUUGGAGAAAAUAAAGUAGUCUUCACAAAAGAUAUGAAAACAAGCUCAUCAUAGCCUACUUUUCACCUUCUUCCGGUUGGCGCAUGUACACACUGAAUUUGGAUUGGAUGGACAAAAAGUCUGUCACGUGAUACGUCAUAUUCCUGUGACGACGAACAGUUCUCGUUUGUUUUUGGCAGCUAGAUAGCAAACACAUCUUACUGAGAUUGGAUAACUAAUAAAAAGCAACAUAUUUACCAAUGUUUUUGCCCACACUACUCAAUAACUAUAAGUCACCAAUGUUGUCUCUUUAGUGACUGUCUCACUCUGAUGGUGAAGUCAAGAUGAGUGGUGGUUUGGCUCCCAGUAGAAGCACAGUCUAUGUGUCCAACCUGCCCUUCUCUCUAACCAACAGUGAUCUACACAAGCUUUUCAGCAAAUAUGGAAAAGUUGUGAAGGUGACAAUAGUCAAAGAUAAAGAAACACGCAAAAGUAAAGGUGUGGCUUUUGUGCUCUUCCUGGACAAAGAGUCUGCACAGAGCUGCUUUAGAUCGCUCAACAAUAAACAGUUGUUUGGAAGAACAGUGAAAGCGAGCAUUGCAAUCGACAACGGGCGAGCAACUGAAUUUAUCAGGAGGCGAAACUACACAGACAAGUCCAAAUGUUAUGAAUGUGGGGAUACAGGGCACUUAAGCUAUGCAUGCCCAAAAAACUUGCUUGGUGAACGAGAACCCCCGAAGAAGAAAGAAAAGAAGAAGAAGAGAAAGGUUGAAGAGCCUGAGGAAGUAGAAGAGGAGGAAAGUGAGGAAGAGGGAGAGGACCCUGCUCUUGACAGCUUAAGUCAAGCCAUAGCAUUCCAGCAAGCACGACUUGAGGAGGAGCAGCAUAGGCGACAGCAGACGGCCUUUGUGGCUGAGGAGGCCGGUCAGGAGGCUUCCACAUCAGACGACUCCAAGAAACCCAGGAUCAAAAAGAGUGUCUACUUCAGUGACGAGGAAGAACUAAGCGACUGAGGGGAUUUCACAGAUAUAAUUCAGACUCUUGAGUAGCAAAUAUUUGAAAAUGAACGGGGGACAUUCUGUUUGUCAAGAUCUGCAAGGGCAUCAUCGACCUGAGAACAGAUGUUUGAUGAAAAGGGUUACAGUGUACCAUUGUUUAGUUGAAGUCCACAACUGUUUCUGUAUCAGUAUUUGUUCUGAUCCUUAGUGUCCUUUUUAUAAUGAGGACUCAGCCACUGUUCUUCGCAGGCAUUGGGACAAUGUGAAUGGAGAUUAACUGUGUUUCUGCGCUUUUCUUUUCAACAGCUGUGUAAAUACACCAUAGUUGUUUUACUGUCUUUUUUCACCCUUCCUAUGUAUGUCAAUAUUAGGGGAAAUAGAACUAUUCUGUUUAAAGAUAGCCUUCCCCAUCUUUAGGUGAAAAAGGUAUUGAAACAUCAGUGAAAGAGUAGAACACCAUAGAUGGCAUGUGGUCUUUCACAAUAAUGAACCACACUUUUGCUGAUAAAUAGGAAUAAAGAACAUUCAAGUCAUGA